UGCUUUUUUAUUCAGGUUAAAAGUGUUCAGAGUUGCUUUGGCUUGUUUAUGUAUGGUAAAGUCGUUAAAUAUGUGUAUAAAAUUAUAGGUAUUCAUUAAAUAUUAUGGAAGAUUUUCAGAAAUCUGAACUACGCAUAUUUUCUAAACGUAUACGUUCUCACAGUUUUCGUAUUGAAUUAGACAUAUUAUCUGUCAUACAUGGUCUGAGACCCGCCUAUUUGUGGGAUAAAUGCCUCGCUUCGCCUGAAGAGAUACAGAAUUUCGUCAGGGCGUUCACUGGCCGUUUCAGUACUUCUAGUUGUAAAUAUAGGUACAAGAUAUUGGACGUUUUAGUGUUGGAAGAGUCAGUGUUUGUGGUUAACUUAGAAGCGUUAAUUGACCAUUUAGGACGUUUAGUCAAUGAUUCCAGUUUUCCAUUUAUCGAUGUAUCAUUCCACCUACAAAAACCUGCAUUAGUUUCAGCUGGUCAAAGUCUUACAAUGAAUGUCAUACAAAAUGUUGAAAACGAACUGAGAAAGUAUUGGGAGAUACAGCAGCAAACUGAAUCUAGCCAUGAACCUUCAAUAAUAAAGCUUAGUUGUGAUACUUUAUGGAACUUGACAGCAUUAUUUGGUAUUUUGUUAAACUUCCCAGUGAUUUAUUGGUACAAUUUAGAGACCCAAAGAAAAGGUGAUAAUUGCUUAGGAAUGACUACCCUUAGAGUACAUCACAUAUUUGGCCAAAUAAAUUUCAUGGGAAGUUUAAUACAUCAUGAAAUUUUGUCAUUUAGCAUACCCAAAUGUGUUCAUUCACAAAUUCAACAAAAGAUAUGUAUGUGGUUUUUUAUGCUUAAAAAUAUUGUAUCAAGUUUAUGCUGUGCAUGUUUUGAAGAUAUUGAGCUUAUUAGUGAGGAAAAGGUUUUGCCCGCUGUUGCCUUAUAAAUUGAUGUAUGAAUUGAAAAGUAUGUAACUACUAUUUUGAUGUUAGUUAUUUCAAAGUGUAGUAUGUGUGUUUUGUAAUACAAAUUUGUGAAACCUAAAGGUUUCAAAAAUUUUAAUUAACAGCAUCUACCGCAUCACCAAUUAAAUUAUUCUGCAUGUUUAUAAUUUACAGAACGUAAUUAUGCCAACAAGCAAGUAUAGUACUACUGUAAGUACUACUACUAGCCCUAAUGUAGCCACAAUUGCAAAACAUUGACUGAAAGUUUUGUUAUUAUUACCUAGAGAGUAAGUCUUUUUUUUCCUACUUUCAAUAUGAUUUUUUAACUGUAUAAUUUCACUGUUCAGUUUAAUCCAGCUUUUAACAGUUUAGAAUACAGCCUUACAUAGUUUUCUUGUACCCUAAAGAAAACACGUACUAGCCUUUCAUCAUAAUUCAAAUUUUCUUAAAGAUGUAAUUUUAGUUGCUUUUCUAUUCACUGUUUAUGUCGUAUUGAUUCCUUCUUGUAAAACAGAGAACAAACUUGAAUCCAGCAACAUAGAUUAAGCUUAAUCAAAAUAAUAUAAAGUGAGAAUAACUUUCUUAUUCUUUAAACUCAAAAUUAUCAUAAGUAGACUACAGAACACUGUCAGUUUUUCAUCAUAUUGAAAUCACUAAACCUAAAGUUUCAGGAGUUUAAAAGUGAUCCUACAUUAUUUCUUCUCUUCCACACCCCAAGUGGGUUACUUUAUACUUGAAACUUAUUUUGCACAUUCCAACCAAUGACUAGCUAAUUCCUUUUGAUGUAAAGGAAUAUUUUCCAUGAUAUUAACAGUUUGAAUCUUCUUGCUUAUCAUUGAUGAAUUUAGAAAUUCUAACAUUAAAAUUGUUGACAUAAACAGUUAAUAACAAAGUCCCUAGGUAUACCCUUGUUUGUGAGGAUUUUCUUUAGUCUCAAGCAACUUAUAAAAGUAAAAAACCCCAGUAUUUCAUUAUUGCAUUUCUUAGAAGUUUUUGGGUAAAUCUCAUCAAGGUCAGAAUCACUGCUCUCUUCUCAAUGUGUAGAACAACCAAAUAGUUGAUCUCUUAUUCAAAUGAUCAUUUGACAAAAGUCUGUAUUUGUGUGUUAAUUUAUAACUGGUAAACUGUUGGACUGAUUGCCACCAAACCUGAUGUAUUCUUAGACCCUCACAAGGUAAUGACACACCCCCUACAAAGUUUUCUCCAUGCAUUGAAUGGAUAUGUCAGCUAGUAUAUAAUAUU